GGAUGAUGUUACGGUUUUUUAUUUAAUUUUUACGUGUGAAAACUUGUUCUUACUUCAAUGCAUGAAAAUAAAGAAAUCGACCUUUUCAGAAAAACGUUUAGAUAUUACAAGAGUAAAAACCCACCUCCAAAACUUUGCAAUGUUAUAGACAUUUCAAGCGAUAAAAAACAUCAUUUGGUCGAAUGUACGAAUAAUAAUAAUCAAAAAAGUAAUUUGGAAGUUCCAAAUUGCCCUUCGUGUCAGAGAUUAGGAUUGAAAAAUCAUUUUUUGUGGCAGAUAUUUUCCUUCAAGUCUUUAAAAGGUUUUACUGUCAUAAAAAAUCCGUUCAAUGUGGCUGGGCAGCAGAAAUGGAUUCGGAAAUCUUUGGAAGUGUACCCUCGCAACCCUUCACGUACUAAUUUAGAUUCUCUCAACCUGAAAAUAGAUGAUAUUUUCCCGCUUCAUGAUAAAGAAAGUUGGAAAACUCAAACCAAUGUGCACAAGCUCCGCUGGGCAACUUUAGGUUAUCAUCAUAAUUGGGAUACGAAAAUAUAUGAUGAGUCUGAACGCACCGAGUUUCCAUCGUGCCUGAAGGAACUUACCAAACACAUUGCAUCGUGUGUGGGCUGUGAAAACUUUGAACCUGAAGCUGCUAUUAUCAAUUAUUAUAAUAAGAAAUCAACACUUGGGAUUCACGAUGAUCAUUCAGAGAAGAACCAUGAUGCUCCUCUGAUUUCUUUUAGCUUUGGUUUGACAGCGAUACUUUUAAUGGGAACUAAACUAAAAACUGACGAACCUUUUCCACUUUUUCUAAGAAGUGGUGAUGUUGUGAUAAUGGGAGGUGAUAGUAGACUUGUAUAUCAUGCUGUGCCAUGUAUUUUCAAGGAGAAUGGAAAUUCUUUGCCUUUUAAUUCUGAUGAAGACAAAUCAUGGGAACCAUUUAAUGAAUAUAUUAAAAAAUCUCGUAUAAAUAUUAGUGUCCGACAAGUUAAUGAAUAA